AUGUCGAGCUUUCCGGGGGAUUGGUUCAGAUCGACCUCGGGACAACGAGCUCCCCAGGGAAUUUGGUGCAGAGAGGUCCCGAGCUCCACAUGCCCUGGGCCAGUUUUUUCAGCACGGACAAGUUCUGGGUGUCUCUGGGAGUCUGCAGAGAACGCGCUCUCGGAGGAAGUUGCUGCAGCGCAGUCGGAAACAAUGGGGUUCAUGCGCAUCCCGUCUCAGAGUCCCUGGGCGGCUCCGUCCGAGAUCCAGGGUAUGAUGGAGUCCCAGAGCAGAUUCUUCACGGCCACGGGCGCUGCGACGAAGGACAAUGCCAUGAUCCUGAAGGGGUUGGCCUCGCUCGUGCGGCAACGCUCUUGA